CCGCCGCAGGAGGAACCUCCCGCCGGCCGCCGGUGGACCCGUCCCGGAGCAGGGCGCCACGGGCCGGUCGCAGCCCCGAUGAACACGGUCUGGAGGCGGAGGAGGUUGUGAACCCGCAGGGGAACGACGGAGAGAGCUUCAAGAUGGCGAUGACGGUGGUUGUGACUCCAGAUUCCUCCAGUGUUAAAACCAGCCGCUUUCAGUUGGUGACCUGGAUCAACGACCUGCUGAAAACUGACUUCAAAGACGUGCGGGAGAUGGGUUCAGGUGCGUGUCACUGUCAGAUGAUGGACUGCGUGAUUCCGGGCUCUGUUGACAUGACCAAGGUGAAGUUUGAUGCUCAGGGUGAGGACGAGUGUAAGCACAACUUCCGUCUCCUCCACGAGGCCUUCAGCAAGAGCGGCAUCACCAAGACUAUCCCAGUGGAGGAGCUCAUUAAAGGGGACCUUAAAAGCAACUUGGAGACCCUGAAGUGGUUCAAAGCUCUCUACGUAGCAAACGUGAAACGUGAAGAAUACGACCCAGUGAAAGCUCGGGACAGUCACGACAUCAGCGCUAUCGUGGGAUCUCCACAAUCACGAAGAUCUAAGUUGGAAUCAGACACAGAAGAGAAUGGAACAAAUUUCCCCUACACUGAAAAGUGGAAGAGUAUUUUUGACUGGGCUGAACGUAGUUCUACUGGAGAGCACUGCACCUACUGCAGCACCUGUGCCAGAAAUCUCAACACGUUUCGUAAAGGCCUGCCUGAACUCCGGCGACACGCGGAGACGAAACGACACAAGAAACUAACACAAAUUUCCAGGAAUGCCUGUCGACGCUCCGAGCGGCCGCCCUGUAGCGACGCCGCUCUCCGGUUUAUUCACAAACACUGUUAUAACGGCUCUGCCAAAGGGGAAGAGGUGUCUGUGCAGUUUGCUCGCAGCAAGCUGGGGCUGCAGUACCCUAAAGAUAUCACAUCCGUCUGCCAGCACACUCCAUACUGCAUAUACGUCUACGAAGGGGUGACCGUGGGACAGGACGACACCAUCUCUGUGGUACUUGUUGGGUUCUUCGACGUGGACACCUGCAAGCACUGCGUCAGGUUUCUGGAUGCUCUUCAGUCAGAGGAGGCGGCAGCGGUGGGGGAUACCUUGAAGAAGUUCGGGUUACCCACAGAAAACCUUGUAGCCGUUUACCUGGAUGGUAACGGUGCGGCCUCAGAGCAGAUCUGCUCGCAGCUCAGGGAACUCAACCCCAACAUACUGGCCGUAGGAGGGCUGUACAGAAUCGGUGAUGCUGCAUGUCAUGCUGGGGUUAAGAAGCUGUCCAAUCAGGCUCAAGGGCUGAUGGCAGACAUCCACGCCCACUACUCCUCCUGUUCUAUGAAGGAUGACAACCUCAAGGCUCUUUUUGGAUCCGAUGUCACUGUGGACACUCCAUUGAUUCAUAUCAACACCAGCUGCCUUAACUUUUGCCUUUUUGUCACAAGAAUGUUGGAGAUGUGGACAGAUCUCAUAUCGUACUUCAGCUCUCGUGACAAGGACGAUGGCGAAGCCAAGUUGAUCUGCUCCCAGCUGCAGGAUCCCACGGUCAGGGCCUCGUUCAUGUUCCUGGACCAGGCCUUAGAGCCGCUGCUCAGUUUCCAGAAGCAUGUGCAGACACGGGAGGGAGUUCCUCAAGCUGAUGUACUGCUCAUCCUCGUAGAAGCCGCUAAACUGCUGAGCACCUACACCUCCUACUUCCUUCAUCCUCAAGCUGCUGUUCGCUUCCUCAAGGAACUCGAUGCCCAAAUCCUCAAGAACAAGAAAUUCCACCUGUCAAGCCCUACACUCAAUCUGGGUGGGAAAGGCGUGGAAGACUUCCUGAAGGAGUCGGAGGCUGAGAAGACACUGCCAAUGUUCAAAGAGGAGGCGUUGUGUUUCUACGUGGCACUGACAGGCUGCAUCGCAGAGAAGAUGCCUCUGAGCGACGGGCUGCUGAGGAGCGCAGCUCAGCUUCUGGACCCAAAGAGCAGGACAAAGGUGACGGGAGAAGAAGUCGGGGAGAUCGGGACCAAGCUGGGACUCUGCAGUUCCCCCGAGGAGGUCAACCAGCUCACCAGUGAGUUCCUCCAGUACCAGCUGUCAGAGGAGGGAGACGAGUCUUCGGUGGAUAAACACUGGGCCAGAAUCCUGAGCGACACCAAGCCGACGGCGUUCAGGAAGCUUGUGUUGAGCCUGUUGUCUCUCCCCCGUCCUCCGCUCCACGCUCAGAAGGUUUUUACUCAGGCCUUGGAGAACGGAGAAGCUGCACUGUUCUCCGAGAGUGACGCCUUCACAGAGAGCGAGUGUGACGCCACAUCCGACAGCGCCCUCUCCGAUGGCACCGGCCACAAACGAGUAAAUGGUCGCAGUAUGAGAGUGAAGAAGUGUGAAGUCCGGCUCACAAAGAUGAACCGGCAAAAGAAUGAAAACGAUGAUGAACCAGGAGAGAACGGCUUCUUAUCCAACGAGGGGACCAGUAGGGGAGCUUGUGGCUGGGAGAGCAGCUUGCGCCAGAAGCCUCAGGCCCGUACAGUGUUUCAGGCUGGUGCUCACAACUGGUCCAAACCCGUAGAUCUUGAUCAGGACAGCAAAAAGGGUCCGUCGUCCCAAGAGGAGGUGACUGAAGAGUCGUCAUCAUCCAGUAAGUCGACACCGAGAGGACGGAGGAAACACGUCUACCAGGACGGGAAAGGGUUUCUGUCCGGAGAACUGGUGUGGGGGAAGGUGAAGGGCUUUUCCUGGUGGCCUGGUCUGGUGAUGCCUUGGAAAACUAAGGCGGGUCCGCCGGGCAUGCGGCGGGUGGAGUGGUUUGGAGACGGGAUGUUCUCAGAGAUUUACACAGAGGGUCUCCUGCCGUUCGCUGCUUUCACCAAGUGCUUCUGUAAAAAUUCCUACGCCUGCUUGCCCAUCUACAAAGAAGCUAUCUACCAAAUCAUCGAGCUGGCAGCCGAGCGAUGUGGAAAAUCUUUUGCUGAAGCCGGAGGAGAUAAAGGGAAAGAGCUAAAGUUGAUGCUGGACUGGGCAUUAGAAGGAUUUCUGCCUUCAGGACCUGAAGGAUUCUUACCUCCUGAUUCUGCUGCUCACAUUGAGUCUUCGGACUCAGUGCUGUCCGACUACCAGCCCCCGGCUAAAAGGAAAUAUGUUCUGAAGAAUAAGGCGAUUGCUCCUGCGACCACGUACAGUCGAGAAUCAUCUUUAGCGAUGGUCAAACAUAAAGGACAAAAUAUUGAAGAUUUCUGUUUGUCAUGUGGAUCCUCUGAGAUUGACGCGCUGCACCCGUUGUUUGAAGGUGGUCUGUGUCUAAAGUGCAAGGAGAACUUCACAGAAACGUUGUAUCGAUACGAUGAAGAUGGUUACCAGUCGUACUGCACUGUGUGCUGCGCCGGGCUGGAGGUCAUUUUGUGCGGCAACGCCAGCUGCUGCAGAUGUUUCUGUAAGGACUGUGUGGACAUCCUGGUGGGAGCGGGAACCUUCGACAACCUCAAAGACGUGGAUCCGUGGAGCUGCUACAUGUGUCAGCCGGCACAAUGCGAUGGGAACCUCCGACUCAGGCCCGACUGGAGCGUCAAGGUCCAAGAUUUCUUCGUCAACAACAGCGCCAUGGAGUUCGAGCCUCACAGAGUUUAUCCCUCCAUCCCUGCGGCUCAGCGCCGGCCGCUCAAGGUGCUCUCGCUGUUUGACGGCAUCGCAACAGGAUACCUGGUGCUCAAAGACCUGGGCUUCAAGGUCGAGCGCUACAUCGCCUCAGAGAUCUGCGAGGACUCCAUCGCUGUGGGGAUGGUCAAGCACGAGGGGAAGAUCGAAUACGUCAACGACGUUCGCACCAUCACGAGGAAACACUUGGCUGAGUGGGGUCCGUUCGAUGUCCUGAUCGGAGGAAGUCCCUGUAACGACCUGUCCAUGGUCAACCCUCUGAGAAAAGGAUUAUUUGAGGGCACCGGGCGGCUCUUCUUUGAGUUCUACCGCAUUCUGACGUUGCUGAAGCCAAAGGAGGGCGAUGACCGUCCGUUCUUCUGGCUGUUCGAGAACGUGGUUUUCAUGAGCGCCAACGACAAAUCAGACAUCUGCAGAUUCCUGGAGUGUAAUCCCAUUCUCAUUGACGCAGUGAAAGUCAGUCCUGCUCACAGAGCGCGAUACUUCUGGGGAAACCUCCCCGGCAUGAACAGGCCUCUGGCGACGUCUCUGGACGACAAAGUGUCUCUGCAGGAUUGUUUGGAAAUCGGACGCAUGGCGAAGUUUGACAAAGUUCGCACCAUCACGACCAAGUCCAACUCCAUCCGACAGGGGAAGAUGGGCCCGCUGCCCGUCAGCACUGGGGGCAAGGACGACUACCUGUGGAGCACGGAGAUGGAACAGAUCUUUGGUUUCCCCAAACACUACACGGACGUGAACCACAUGGGCCGGAUGCAGCGGCAGCGGGUCCUGGGUCGGUCCUGGAGCGUCCCCGUCAUCCGACACCUCUUCGCUCCGCUCAAGGAUUAUUUUCAAUGUGAACAACAACAGUGAGUCUUACGUAAAACUUUUAUACAUUUCUACGUUCUGAGCUUUUAGACCAGUUCAUCCAGUGAGUCGAGUCUGAUCCGCUCUCCGGCAGCGACUCGACAGGUCUGAUGAACAUGGAUAUGAAUCAUGACGUUAAUCAUCAGGUUCACUACAGACGUUUUUUAAUGAUCAGAACAAUCUGCCAUCCAUUAUCAUGACGAAGGUUUUUACACAUCUGAGAUCAACAUAGGACUUUUAAUAAACACAUCAACCUUCUUACAGCAGCAUAUUUACUGCACACUGGUCAAAUGUUUCCCUCAGCUAAAAGAGUGAAUAUUAAUAACUCAAGUUAUUAAUGUGGUUAUUGUUCCUGAUGUCAACACCAGUUAUUCAGGACCUUUCGUGGUUUCUACCUCAACACGGAUUCAUCAGUUCUGCUGUUACACUUUUUAAAUCUGUAUUAAUUUAUGAAAAACUUUGAUUCUCUUUGUAUUUCAUAUUGUUGUAAUCUCACCUGGGAUUGUGAAUUCUAGUAUAAUCAUGUUCAUCAUCAGCUGCAGUUAAUCUCAUCGCUUUUACCUCCAGUGGAUUUUUUUAUACUUUUUUAACUACUUAUUUAUAAAAAACCAACGAGAACAAACGGUUCAUCAAUAUUUCAGCUGGAGCAUCUGUGAUAUGACACAUGAACCAUAAUGUAAAGUGUGUUCUGCUUUAGACACGAGGCUUAAAGGACCGUAACAAGUUUUAAUUACAAAUACUUUUAUUAUCGUGGUUUUAAAAACAAGACAGAGACUUGAAUCUUCCUCAGGUCGAACUGUUCUAUCAGUCAAUGUAAAUGUCUGUGCUGCAUUAUAGACAUCAUCACUUGAUCCACUGAUUAUUUUAUAUUAAUAAUCAUUUUGUCUUAAAUGCCAGAAAACUGUGAAAACUGAAACUUUGUCCGAAACUGAAACGUCAUCGUCAAACCGAAACCAAAAGAACCAAAUAUUACAAGUAAACUGAGUCACAGAACAAUAAGAAUCAUCUCCUUACAUCAAACCAACCGGAGCUGAACCGUAAAAAAGAGAAUCAUCAAUUAUCAAAAAUGUUUUAUCACAUCUCUCCUCACACAAAAAAUGUUUUGUUGUAAACUGAUUUUCAUUCCACUGACGAAGAAGCAACAACGUAGAGAUCAGACGAUCACAAAGAGGCUGAUCAUUGAUCAACAGAGUCAUUACAAAUAAUAUUCAUGUGCAGCCCUGCUACAAAAUCAGUGACAGAACUUGUGGUUUGCAUAUUCAUAUACACGAGUGUAAUAUUUCAUGUUUGAAUUCUCCUACUUUACCUCGUCGACUGUUUCCUGAUGGUGCUACGCUAAAGGUGCUAAUGGUGCUAACUCUGCCCUCACAGGCUCCAGGUCAAAGGUGAACUUUUCUUGUAGUUUUGUUUUUGUUUUGCAACUGUGUGUAUUUUUUAUGAAGAGUCUGUGACAUAGGGAAAUAUUAGUGUGAUGAAUAUUAAGGACAUGAUGGAUUUAUCCAGCGUCAUGAACAUGUUGUUUGUGUUUGUGUUUAGUUUUUUUCCAUCAUUUCAAUUUGUUCUGACUGAUCAUGUGAAAAGAAGUUUUGACUUCAAUGGGACUAAUAAACAUGUUUUAUAAAACCAG